GGAAGGCCUCUUCCGGGUACGAGUUCCGCGUGGCCUGGGGGAGUGGAGGGCGAGGUCGAAGGCUCCCACGAUGCCUCCCCCACUCUGCAAAGCCUGCGGGGCCUCCCGGGCCUCCUUGCGCCGCCCCAAGACCGGGGAUGCCCUGUGCCGCACCUGCUUCUGCGCGACCUUCGAGGCUGAAGUCCUGGCCACGGUGCAAGGGGCGGGGCUGCUGCCGGCUGGGCAGCGAGUGGCCGUGGGGGCGUCUGGCGGGAAGGACUCCACCGUCCUGGCGCACGUCCUCCAGCGCCUGAACACCCAGCACGGGCUGGGGCUGGACCUGCAGCUCCUUGCAGUGGACGAGGGCAUCGCCGGCUACCGCGACGCCGCGCUGGCCGCCGUGACCCGCCAGAGCGCCCGCUGGGGUCUCCCCCUGACCAUCGUCUCCUACCGCCAGCUGUACGGCUGGACCCUGGACGCCAUCGCCCUCCAGACCGGGCGCCGCUCCAACUGCACGUUCUGCGGAGUCCUGCGGCGGCAGGCCCUGGAGCGGGGGGCCCGGCUGCUGGGGGCUGACCGCAUCGUCACAGGCCACAACGCAGACGACAUGGCCGAGACGGUGCUGAUGAACUUCCUGCGGGGGGACGCCGGGCGGCUGGCCCGCGGCGGGGGCCUGGGCUCAUCCGGCGAGGGGGGAGCCCUCCCCCGCUGCCGUCCCCUGCAAUUCGCCUACGAGAAAGAGAUCGUGCUCUACGCCUAUUUCCAGGGCCUGGACUACUUCUCUACCGAGUGCGUCUACGCGCCGGACGCCUUCCGGGGCCGCGCCCGCGCCCUGCUCAAGGACCUGGAGGCCGCCCGGCCCAGCGCCGUCCUGGACCUGGUCCACUCGGCCGAGCGUCUCAGCCUGCGCCCCGGCACUGGCCCGCCCCCGCCCACCGCCUGCACCCGCUGCGGGAGCCUCGCCAGCCGCCCCCUGUGCCAAGCCUGCCAGCUCCUCGACGGACUCAACCGCGGGCUCCCCCGCCUAGGCAUUGGCGGGGAAGCCCGGCUAGGAGACGGGGUCCGGCCAAGAGAAGGGGAGACCCCAGGGGAGGGGCAGGAAUCGGGGAAGCCUCCUGGGAAGGGUGGAGAAGGUUCUCUGCUCCCAGCCACUUUGGCCUUUUAGAGGAAUGGAGAAUAGACUUGAGUGGGAAGAGAACCACCCCCGGGCCUUCAGUAGCCCCUCUGACUGGUUGACCUUGAACUUAUUCACCAGUCUGGGACCACUUUGGCCUGUGGCGUGAAAUACCUGGGCCUUGGGAGGGGGCAAGACGUCACCUCCUGCACUAGCUGCUGGUAGGAGUCAUGGAGGGAGUAGAAGUUGCCCCUGGAACUUUUCCGGAAAUGCCAUCGGAGCUUCCCUGAUCCAAAAUGGGGAUGCCCCAUCCUUCAUCCCUGCCUCGCUUCAAGGGAUGGAGGCCCCACCACGGGGAGAUGGCCGGCAGCCUUUGGGGGAAUCCACUUCACAUGGGUAAAAAGUAAAGGGACCUCCGUCACCUGAGCCCAAGAGCUCACCACCUAAUGGGAGGGCCCUCAGCAGGUUGGAACGAAGCCGCUUCCAGCAAGCAUCACUGGAGGAGAUUAGGGACCUCCCUGACUGAAGAUGGGGAAGUCGGGAGGUCCACCACGCCGUUCCCUGGGUGGACUCAUUCACUAAAUCCCUCACCACCGGAAGACAAGAGGCCCACGAUACAGUUCCCUGGGGGAAAUUGUUCGCUAAAUUCCGCACCAUGGGGGACGCUCAAGGGUGCUGGACAACUGCCAACAGGAGACACUUCUGCAUCCAAAUGUGAGUCAGCACUGGCAGUGUGUGACCAGGCGGAGAAGGUCCUGAGCUAAAUGCCAUGGACCCAGACAGGUCACAUAGUGAAGCAUUGAUAAUGGCACCAGCAGUCUGGGUGACUCCCAGGACCCUCUAGAUCUCCAUGUUAUUGGGGGGAGAUGGAUGAAGUCUGUCCCCGCUCUGGGACGAGAGCCCCUUUCUCCUGUGUUUGUCGUCCCCGCCCCACAGCCCUGGCAGCGAGUGGAUAUGAGGUGGGGUGGGUUACUGACCUGCCCCAGUCAGGCAUUUCUGUCAUGAUCUUCCCACACAAAUACACGGCCGUCUGAACGGGUGAA